AUGUCCCUCUCCUCCCCCGAAAUCCUCACCGCCUACGACGCCGUCCGCUCCGACCGCUCGCCGGAGAACUGGCUUCUCCUGUCCAACGCCUCGCCCACCACACAAACCCUCUCUCUCAAAGCCACCGGCUCCGGCGGCAUUCCCGAGCUCUUAUCCCACCUGUCGCCGACCGAAGUGCAAUACGCAUACGUGCGCAUCCAGUACGCCAACGACGCCGAGUCGGUGCGCGUCAAGUUUGCCCUCAUCAUCUGGAUCGGCGAGCAGACCAAGGUGAUGCGCAAGGCGCGUGUGUCCAUCGAAUCCGGGGAGGUCAAGCGCGUGCUGGCGCAUCACAGUAUCACGGUGGAUGCGAGCGAGGUGCGCGACAUUGACGAGGAGGAGAUUGUGCGGAGACUACGAAAGGCGGGGGGCGCUGAUUAUAAUGGUGGAAGGGGUUAGACUAGAGGAGGUCUGUCUGUCUGUCUGAAUCUGACAAGAAAGAGGAGGGAGGUGAAGAGAAAAGGAGGAGCUGGAGUUGGCUUUAGCGAAGAGCAGUUGGAUAGAUCUGGACAUUUUCGGGUUCACCGGGAGACAAAAAGACGGAGGAAGGGUGCUGGUUCCCUUCCUCUCUCGCAUCGAUCCACAUACUACAAACAUGUUGUACAGCAUACUUACUUGUUGUUUGGUUAUUUGGUCUGUACACACCUACGCUACGGAUACCCCAAACGCGUCCUUGUUGUUCGCAUUUUGGAAAUACGGAACGGAUGCAAUUCAUGGCCCCUUUUCUUGUCUUUUG